AUUUUCAUCGCCGCCUUUACGACCACUCAAGCCCGCUUGAAAUUAUACCGUUAUCUAGAUCCCUUGCGAGAUCACGUCCUCUACUAUGACAUAGAUUCUGUCAUCUUCUCAUGUAAACCUGGCCAAACCACGAUCACAUUAGGCGAUUAUCUUGGUGAUAUGACCAGUGAAUUGAACGAGGAUGAUUACAUAACUGACUUUGUAUCGGGUAGUGCCAAAAAUUACGGAUAUCUCACCAAACAAGGCAAGUCUUGCUGUAAAGUACGUCGAUUUACUCUGAAUUAUCAUGGAAGUCGGUACCUGAAUUACGAAGCUAUGAAACAAAACGUCUUGGAGGAAAUCACAGAUCCUUUGGAUGAGGAAUGA